AUGGAAGAAGAAGUUCCGUCGAUUCCAGGAAAUGCGGGAAUAGAUCCAGUGGUUGCCUUGGAGUGUCCUUGGAUUGAGAAGUAUCGACCGGAGACGCUGAACGAUGUCGUAGCACACAAGGACAUUUUGACAACAUUGGAUCGCUUCCUUGAGCAGGACCGCCUCCCUCAUCUCCUGCUGUAUGGCCCCCCUGGUACAGGAAAGACGUCAACGGUUCUUGCAUUGGCCAAAAAGGUGUUUGGUCCCAAGUAUAAGAGUAUGACCCUGGAGUUGAACGCGUCGGACGAUCGCGGCAUCGAUGUUGUCAAGAAGGAGAUCAAGGAUUUUGCUGGAACUAGGACGAUCUUUGGCUUAAUCGUUCUGUUGUGUAGAACCGGCUUCAAGAUGAUCAUUUUGGACGAGGCCGACAACAUGACACAGACUGCUCAGUUUGCGCUUCGAAGAAUUAUCGAGAACUACACUGCAAACGCCAGAUUCUGCUUAAUAUGCAACUAUGUCAACAAGAUCAUUCCUGCACUUCAGUCGCGUUGCACUAGAUUUCGCUUUUCACCGUUGACAUCCGCGGACAUUCAGGGCAACCUGGAGAGGAUUUUGGACAAAGAGAAUAUCAAAGCAACCCCAGACGCGUUGAAAGCCGUGGAGAAGAUUUCAGGAGGAGACAUGCGUAAGUGUCUGAACAUCUUACAGAGCUCGUCAAUGGCAUCCAAAGAAGUCACUGUCGAGAGUAUCUAUGAGUGCACCGGAGAUCCAAACCCGUCAGACGUGAUGUGGAUUACCCACUCACUGUGCAACGAUUCUUUUGAGGACUGCUACCACAAGAUCUUUGAGAUUCAGAGGGAGAAGGGUCUCGCCUUGAUCGACAUCGUGAGAGCCGUACACGAGCAAAUCAUCAAGCACGAUCUCCCUUCCGUGCCUUUCUGCAGGCUCUUGGAAUCUUUGUCAGACCUCGAGUACAGACUGACGGCGGCGACCAAUGAAAAGAUUCAACUGGGAUCCUUCGUCGGGAUGUUUGGGCAGCUCAAAGAAGAGCUGGCCUCUCAACCUUGUAAAUAA